AAGUGAGGCGGGGAAAUGGCGGCGGGGGAAGGCGCCCCGCUGGCAGGGGGUUUGGAGGUUGUUCCGCCGAGCUGCCCAGCGCCUGGCCAGAGGGAGGGCCGGGGGGCUGCCCGCAGGGUGCGCUCCUCUUGGGGCAUGCUGUGUAAACAAGGGAAUCCAAAGCUGGAAUCUGUCAAGAUUUGCAGCAAAACAACCCUGCAAAAAAUGAUCAUCGGAAAAGUAUACAAUAACUUCAACAUCAGCAAUGGAACAGAUCUUGCUAUUGGAUUUACUUCUUCUGCAGUAGCUGUCCUUCUCUUUGGGACAAACUUUGUGCCUGUUAAAAAAUACGACACUGGUGAUGGCAUGUUCUUCCAAUGGAUUCUCUGUGCUUCCAUAUGGAUAGUUUCUUUGGUGGUCAAUUUAAUCCAGAAUUGCCCUCGUUUUUGGCCCCUGGCUAUGGUUGGGGGUUUUGUGUGGGCUACAGGCAAUGUCACAGUUGUCCCUAUUGUUAAAACCAUUGGCUUAGCUCUUGGUCUUUUGAUAUGGGCUUCUUUUAAUUUGUUGACAGGCUGGGCAAGUUCAAGAUUUGGUUGGUUUGGAAUUGACCCAGAAGAGGUAUCAAGACCAGUCUUAAAUUAUAUUGGAGCCGGGCUUUCAUUAUUAAGUGCUGUCAUAUUUCUUUUUAUAAAAACUGAAGUCCAGAGUUCUUCAGCUUCAUUAGAAAGAACACCAUUACUGAGAGAAACGUCUGUUAAUGCUUCUGAAGAGAUCUCUGAUGAGUCAUGGGUGAGCAGACUUUCUCCAGCAAAAAAAAGACUCAUAGGAUGUAGCCUAGCUGUAGUGGCUGGAGUACUGUAUGGUUCCAGUUUUGUACCAGUACUUUACAUCAAGGACCAUGGAAGAAGAAAUGAAACUAUAUACGCAGGAGCAAGUCAAUUUGAUUUAGAUUAUGUUUUUGCACACUUCAGUGGAAUAUUUCUUACAAGUACCAUCUACUUUUUGAUCUACUGUGCUGUCAGGAAAAAUAAGCCUAUAGUUUAUCCCCAAGCCAUACUGCCAGGGUUUGUUUCUGGUGUGCUUUGGGCAAUAGCCAAUUGCUGCUGGUUCAUUGCCAAUAACUAUCUCAGUGCUGUGGUCAGCUUUCCAAUAAUAACCGCAGGUCCUGGCCUUGUUGCUGCAGCAUGGGGAGUCCUCGUAUUUAAAGAAAUCAAGGGACUGAAAAACUACAUGUUACUCUCAGUAGCAUUUUGCAUCAUUUUGGCCGGAUCACUCUCCACAGCUUUUUCUAAAGUUUGAAAAGAUCUUCUUACCAGCAGAUGGUGCUACUGUCUAGGACAUUGACGGUGUAUCACAAUAGGUUAUUUCCAAAAUAUAUGUCCAACAUUUACCCUAACUUUCUUUGGGCAGGUAAAAAUCAUUCCCACAUAGCAUGAAAGAAAAUCUGGAAAUGUUUGUUUCUGCAUGUUUUGGAAGAGCAAUGAUAUCAAAGAUGUUCUUUUAAAUAAAGCUCAAUGAUUUUAUAUUUA